UGUCGACGGCAGCAGCCGCGGCUGCCGCCUCCGCCACCUGCAGCAGGCCAGGUCUUCGCCCGGGCUUCCGUCAGCGUUUCUCCUCCGUCUCUUCAGUUAACACGCCCAUGGUCCCGCCUGGAGCCAGGGCGGCGGGCGCCGGAGCUCGUGCGCGGUGAGGGACCCGGCCGCGGACCAUGCAGCCGACGCUCUGCAGCUGCUGCCUCAGCCGCGCCCUGGCCUCGGCGCUCCUGCUGUCGCUGCUGCUGCCCGAGUUGAGCGGGCCCUCCGCGGGACGGCCGCCGGCAGCGCGGGCCGCGCCCGACCUCCAGCGUGCGGCGCGCGGUCCGCGCACCCGGCCCCCUCCGCCACCCGGGUCCUCCGCCGCCCGGCCCGCGGGCCGCGCUCCGGCCUUGGAAGCCGCGGGCGCGCGGGGAGCCGAGGGCGGCAAUGGCAGCACGCCCGGGGCGGGGCCGGCCGCCGACGACCCCGGCGGGAAGGCGGGGGCCGGGGGCCCGGCGGGCGGCGUCCUGGCCGUGAGCCCCGACCCCGGCGACAAGCCCAUGACCCAGCGGGCCCUGACCGUGCUGAUGGUGGUGAGCGGCGCGGUGCUGGUGUACUUCGUCGUCAGGACGGUCAGGAUGAGAAGAAGGAACCGAAAGACUAGGAGAUACGGGGUUUUGGACACUAACAUAGAAAACAUGGAAUUGACCCCUUUAGAGCAAGAUGAUGAGGAGGAUGAUAACACAUUGUUUGAUGCCAAUCAUCCUCGAAGAUUCAGAGUGUGCAUUCUUGGUGGAAAUAUUCCAUACAUCAUUCUGCAUCCUUUUCGGGACAUCCUUAUCUGCAGACACACAGUGUUCAUCUGUCCUUCAGUAGCAGUGAUAAGAAUGUGCCUUUUGAUAAGAAAACUUCAUCUUCUACAAUGAAGAGCAGAAUGUCUAUGUUUAAGGAAUAAAAAGCCACUUUAUCAAUUGGGGGGUAUUUAAGUUACAUAUAUUAUGAUAACCUUCAAUUUGUUGUUGCAAUAAAUGUGUAUCAUUUGUUAGUUUUUCUCUGUAUAGAAGUGCUCUUAAUGGGCUCAGAGUUGUUGGGAGUAAAUUGUACUAUAAGAGAUCUGAAAAUUACUUUAAAGCAGUGUGUUUUCUGAUCAAUUUAUCUUUCUUAUUUACCUUAUUAUUGUAAACUGCUUAUGUACUAAUCAGUUCAUUUUAUUUAUAUAUGUGUAUAUAUAUAUAAUUUAUUUUUUGGCUGGUUAAGGGUUGUUUUUUUUUUCCUGGAACUAUAAAUCCCAACAACCAACUGGUGUGUAACUUUAUCAAGAUGUAUUUCCCGUUUUUGUGGGGAAAAGAAGCCAAAUUUAUUAUCUUGAGUUUGAGUUUUUUAAAUAUAAAAGUGUCUGUGUUGUGUGUAAAACAAUAAAUACUAUUUAAAAUUC